AUGUCGUGCACGGAGCUGGAGAAGCCCGACCUGGACCGGGAGCUUCCAGGCACGCUCUUCACGGCGCUCUUUCUCCAGAUGAGCGCGGGGAUUGGUCCGGGCGUGGAGGAAGUGACGACUGGGCGGGGCGGGGCCGGCGCCGGGUUCAAAGGGCGGCGGCGGUUGGCGGCGGCGGUUGGCGGCGCCGCCGUGGAGGUGCUGACGUUCCGGCGCUGCAGCCCCGCCGACAUCGCUACCUGCCUCCGCGGCCACGUCCGGGCCGGCUGCGAAGCCCGCAGCCUGGCCAAGGGCGACCUGUUCCCCGGCCCGAAGAUGCCUGUCAACAUUGACAUCGUGUAUCCCCAAAUAUUUGAAGGCUUUCUCCCUGUUUGUAACUUGUUUAUUCACAUGGAGCGCUUUCUCCCGGUGUGCCGUGUUAAUGACUUUGAGAUUGCUGAUGUUCUAAGUCCAAAAGCAAAGAGGACAGCUCGCUUCUUGAGUGGCAUUCUCAACUUUAUACAUUUCCGAGAAUCACGCUGUGGAGUCUACUUGGAUUUACAGCACUGUUCCUGUAGAAGAGCAAGCAGAGUUCAGGCAGCUGUCUGAUGACAUUCAGGAAUUGCAGCAACUGCUAAACCACGACUAUCGUCGGAAAACGCCUUUAUAGACUUCUCUGGUAUACGCGUGAACAAACAUACGUCUGUCGCCCGUUAGACUGCGCCUCUGCGUCCACUCUUGCCUAUUUGGGGCCUAUGGAUUAGAGGCAAGAUCACUUCUUGAUCCAGCUGGUGUCGGACGAAGAAGCCAGCGUCUGGCACGUGGAGUUGCUGUGUGUUUUCAUGCAAGCAGAUACCUCCCUAGGCAAAUGGCAGUGUUAGGCAAA